CCUGGGGACACCUGGGGACACCUGGGGACACUGAGGAGACACCUGGGGUCACCUGGGGACACUGAGGGACACCUGGGGACACUGAGGGGACACUGAGGAGACACCUGGGGACACUGAGGGGACACCUGGGGACACUGAGGGGACCCUGCCGUGGGAGCUGGGCUGGCCCUGCAGGUGAUGUCACCUGAGUGACCUCGGCCAGGGUCACCCCACAGGGACGUCCCCGUGGUCAUCCUGGCCGUGGUCACUUGGUCACUCCACAGGGAUCUCCUCGGGGUCAUCCUGGCCAGGGUCACCCCCCAGGUGACAUCCCCUGGUGGUCCCAGUGGUGGCCACGAUGUCCCCUCAGUGCUCCCAGUGGUGGCCACAAUGUCCCCCUGCUGGUUCUGGCCCCCAGUGACGUCCUCAGGUGACCCCAGCCAUGGUGGCCCUCCAGGUGACGUCCCCCAGGUGGUCCCAAUGUUGGCCACGAUGUCCCCAGGUGGUCCCAGAGGUGGCCACGAUGUCCCCAGGUGGUCCCAAUGGUGGCCACGAUGUCCCCAGGUGGCCCCAGAGGUGGCCACGAUGUCCCCAGGUGGUCCCAGAGGUAGCCACGAUGUCCCCAGAGGUGGCCACGAUGUCCCCAGAGGUGGCCACGAUGUCCCCAGGUGGUCCCAAUGGUGACCACGAUGUCCCCAGGUGGUCCCAAUGGUGGCCACGAUGUCCCCAGGUGGUCCCAAUGGUGGCCACGAUGUCCCCAGGUGGUCCCAGCCAUGGGCACCCCUCAGGUGCCACCCCCAGUGUCCCCAGUUUGUCCCUGUCCCACUUUGCACUUUAUGGUCAGACGUCCCCUGGGUUCUGUCCCCGUGUCCCCGGGGGUGGCAGCGAGGUGACAGCAGUGCCACCCCCCUGCCCUUUGUCCUUGUCCCUUCUGGGCCCUCGGUGUCCCCACCCUGUCCAGGGGACACCCGGGGUGGGGACACCCCAAAAUUUGGGACACCCUGACGUAGUGGCACCUCAAAAUUUGGGACACCCCAAAACGGUGACACCCUGAAUUUGGGACGCCCCGAGGUGGUGGCACUUCAAAAUUUGGGACACCCCGACUUGGGGACACUCCAAAAUUUGGGACACCCCGACUUGGGGACACCAGAAUUGUCCCCCCAGGCGUGGGGGGUGGCGCCUGUGGGGUGGAGGGACCCGGUCCCGUAUGAAGCCCCUGGGGACACCUCGGGGACAUUCCCGGUGCUCCGGAGCCUCUGGAAUUGGUGACACCGAUGUCCCCAGGGUGGUGACAGAGCCCGCAGGGUCCUUGCCCCGUCCCCACCCUCGGGGACACCUCGAGGACACCUUGGGGACACUCCCAGGGACACUCCCAGGGACACUCCCAGGGACACCUUGGGGACACUGGGGACACCUCGGGGACACUCCCGGGGCCACCUCGGGGCCACUCCCGGUGCUCCAGUGCCUCUGGAAUUGGUGACAUCGAUGUCCCCAAAGUGGUGACAGAGCCCGCAGGGUCCUGGCUGUGUCCCCACCCUUGGGGACACCUUGGGGACACCCCCGGGGCCACCUCGGGGCCACUCCCGGUGCUCCAGAGCCUCUGGAAUUGGUGACAUCGAUGUCCCCAAAGUGGUGGCCGUGUCCCAGCCCUGGACACUGCAGCUCCUGCCACUCUUUUUUUUUUUUUUUUUUUUUUUUUUCUUUUUUUUUUCUUUCCUUUUUCCCAUUUUUCGGCUUUUUUUUCCCCCUCGGAUUUGAUUUUCCUCCCGUUCCGGUUUUUCCCUGCCUUUGGGAAGCUCCUCCCUCGCGGUGAAAUAACAAUCGUGGUAACACAGGCUCGGGUCGCUGAUUCAGCCGCGUAUUUAAUGUAAAGUAAAAAAAAAAAAAAAAAAACCAACAAGGACAAAAAAAACCAAGGAAAAAAAUCCCAAAAAACCGAAAAUUCCCAACUUUCUGUGUGCUCAGGGAGGGGACAGGCGACAACACCGAGGCCACCCGGUGCCAGCAGCCGCUGCCAGAUGGCGGCCCUGCCCUGAUAACGCUUAUCAGAGCUGGCAGCUGCCUGGCGACUCCUGGUUUUUGCCGGUUUUUUUCCUUUUUUUCCCGUUUUUUCCCCCAAAUUCCCACCGGGAAAUUCGGGAGCGGCGCUGCCCCUUUAAAUCCGCGUGGCCGCUUUAAGACCCCCUGGUGCUCCGCGUGGCGUUGCCGCUUGAAGCGGGCCGUGGUGGGGCCCACCCUGAGCGAGGCCACGCCCAUUGGCCCCCGUUAAAGUAAACAGAGGGGCGUGGCCGGGUGGGUCGCGCCCUUUCCGGGGCCACGCCCAUCGCCCCCCUCUUAAAGCGGCCGCGCCCGCAGGGACAUCGCGGGACCGGAACCGUUACGCAGCGUCACCGGGGCCGUUUCCCCGUCCCGGCGCCCGCUCCAGCCGCGCUCUCCCGUCCCGCCGCCGCCGCCGCCGCCGCGAUGCUGCUGCUCCGGGCCAUGGCCGGCCGCAGGCUCCCGCCGCUGAUGCAGCUGCCUCGCGACUGCUCCCGGUUGGCCGCCGGUAGCGCGGCCCCGGGGGGACACCGGGGGACACCGGGGGGACACCGGGGAGAGGCCCCGGGGGGACACCGGGGGACACCGGGGGGACGCCGCGGAGCCGCCCCGGUGCUGGCGGCGCUGCUCGGGCUCGGGGCCGUCCUGGCCUACGGAGAGCGGCGGCGGAGGGUCGCCCAGGCCGCCCAGGCCCGCCCCGCCCCGCGGUACCCCCGUUACACGCGGGCGGAGGUGGCGCAGCACCGCAGCCCGAGCGAGCGCGUGUGGGUCACCUACGGCACCGAGGUGUUCGACGUCACCGAUUUCGUGGAGCUGCACCCGGGGGGAGCGGACAAGAUCCUGCUGGCGGCCGGCGGGGCCCUGGAGCCCUUCUGGGCUCUCUACGCCGUCCACAGCCAGCCCCACGUGCUGGAGCUGCUCCGCGACUACAAAGUGGGCGAGCUGAGCCCCGAGGAGGCCGCGCCGCCGCCGGCCGACACCGGGGACCCGUUCGCCGGGGACCCCCCGCGCCACCCGGCGCUGCGGGUGAACAGCCUGAAGCCUUUUAACGCCGAGCCGCCGCCGGAGCUGCUGACCCAGAGCUUCCUGACGCCCAACGAGCUCUUCUUCACCCGCAACCACCUCCCGGUGCCCGCCGUGGAGCCGGGCUCCUACCGGCUGCGCGUGCAGGGCCCCGGCGGCCGCGCGCUGUCGCUGUCGCUGGCGGAGCUCCGCCAGCGCUUCCCGAAGCACGAGGUGACGGCCACGCUGCAGUGCGCCGGUAACCGGAGGUCCGAGAUGAGCCGCGUCCGGCCGGUCAAGGGGCUGGCGUGGGACAUCGGCGCCAUCAGCACGGCGCGCUGGGGCGGGGCGCGGCUCCGGGACGUGCUGCUGGCCGCCGGUGUCGGCGACAGCGCCGGCGACGGCGAGUGGCACGUGUGCUUCGAAGGGCUGGACGCGGACGCUUCGGGGACGCCGUACGGAGCGUCCAUCCCGUUGCGGCGGGCGCUCAGCGCCGAGGCCGAGGUGCUGCUGGCGUACGAGAUGAACGGGCGGGAGCUGCCGCGGGACCACGGCUUCCCGGUGCGCGUGGUGGUGCCCGGCGUGGUCGGGGCGCGGAGCGUGAAGUGGCUGCGGAGCGUGGCGGUGUCGCCCGCGGAGAGCCCGAGCCACUGGCAGCAGAAGGACUACAAGGGCUUCUGCCCGUCCGUGGAUUGGGAUUCCGUGGAUUUCGGGGCCGCGCCCGCCAUCCAGGAGCUGCCGGUGCAGUCGGCGAUCACCGAGCCCCGGCCCGGCGCCGCCGUGCCCGCCGGGGAGCUGACGGUGAAGGGAUACGCGUGGAGCGGAGGAGGAAGGGAGGUGGUCCGGGUGGACGUGUCCCUGGACGGCGGCCGGACGUGGCGCGUGGCCGAGCUGGGCCCGCGGCCGGAGCGCGGCCGGGGCUGGGCCUGGGCGCUGUGGGAGCUGCGGGCGGCGGCGCCGGCGGGCGCCCGGCUCGACAUCGUCUGCAAGGCCGUGGACCGGAGCUACAACGUGCAGCCCGACAGCGUGGCGCCCAUCUGGAACCUGCGCGGCGUCCUGAGCAACGCCUGGCACCGCGUCAGCGUCACCGUCACCCGCUGAGGGACACUGGGGACAUCGGGGACAUCGGGGACACUG